UGAAGCUGAAGGUGAAGGUGAAGCUGAAGGUGAAGCUGAAGGUGAAGCUGAGAUGUUUCAGGUGGAGUUGCCUCGCGAGCGGAAGGCCAGAGAGAGCGCGGAGCGCCGCCAGAACUACGAGGCGGAAAGACGCCACAGGAUCUUUAAUGAGAAGUUCAGAACCAUCGGGGUGGAUAAAGAAGCUUUAGAUCGGCAGGUGAUCGAGAAGCUGAAACGAAAAUCAGAAUUAAAAAAUCAAGAAGACGCUCAGCAUGCUGAAGUGCAGCAGUACAACCGAGCAGCGGGCCUCCUCCAGAGGCGGCACGAGAAGGCGGACCGCUCGGCGCACCAGGCCCGAGCCGCCUUCUGGCACCAGAACCAGAAUCCUCAGAGCCGCCGCGAGUUCGACCUCAACGACCCGGACGCCCUGAAGAAAACCGAGUCCCAGAUGGUUCUGCCGGGCCUGCUGGGCGAGGACCCGCAGUCCGGCAGCCGGCAGCAGAGGCAGCAGGAGCAGCUGAGGGACUGGCUGCUGCAGCAGCAGAACGAGCUGCAGCAGAAACGGCUGAAGCAGAAGCUCGACGAGAUGCUCGACGACCAGUACAGACAGGAAGUAGGCCGCAGAGCGAUGGAGCUCCAGAACCUGGAGAUGGCGAAGAGAAAAGCCGACCUCAUCGACGACGCAAACUACAACGUAGCAAAGCUUGUGGAGAAAACGAACCGGGAACGGGAGCAGCGUGAGGACAUCGCGCUGAGCGCCCUGAGCAUCCCCCUCUAUCCCGGCGCCAACAGGAAGGAUCCUGCAGAGACGCAGCAGCAGGUCACCCAGUUCCAGCUGCAGCAGGUUCUGGAGAGGAAGAGGCUGGAGAUGGAGAGGAAGCAGAGGGAGGAGGACCAGGACCGGCUCCUGCUGGACUCGGCCCGCAGCGCCAUGAUGCUGGAGCGGCUGCAGGAGAAGCAGAACAAGCAGCUGAGGAAACACAUGGACAGCGUCAACGCCCAGCUGGCCCACAUCCGGCUGCAGGAGAGUCCAGACCUGAAGAGGGGGCGAAUCGACGACAGCUUCUUCACCCAGUUCAACACCUGCACCAGAUGACGCACGACGACGUCACAGCGCCGCGGCGCCAUCAAACAUUAAACUGAAAUAAACCAUUCCCAGUUUAUUUUCACACCAGAACAAAAUGUUUAAAUCAACUUUACUGCUUUGCAUUCAAAUAGUUAAACUAUUGACAAAAUGAGCAACAGAAAAACAGCAAAGAUAUUUAUAGUUUUUAAUUUGUUCUUCAAACAUCAGAUGGAGAAAAAAUGUUCUAGUGAUUCAGCUUUCCAGAGUUCCUCUGAUUAUUCAUGGAGAAUCUUUGGAAAAGCCAGAAUAACGUCUGAUACUCCAACAAUAAUCAUUCAUGACCGAAGCGGAAAAACCCGAAUACUGAAGAGGUUAAAGGAGAAAUCAGCAGCGGCUGCAACCAAUCAGCUCAUGUUGACCCUGUAUAAGGGAAUGGUGAAGACAGACACGGGAAACAGACACGGACACGACGUUACUUCUUUCACUUCCAGUGUUGUAAUGGAGGAACAGAAGUAACGCGUUCCACUACCCCGAGUCAGACCAGACCAAUCGAGACACGAUCAGUAAACAGACAAAACUAAUCGAGGCACAAUCUGUAAAUAAACUCUCAAAAUUUUGGAUUUCUUAUUAAUAACAUGAAAUGCGUAUUAUUCAUAUUAAUAACAUUA